AUGACCAUCUUGGUUCAGAGAAGUCUACUGCAAAUUUGCAUUAUAUUGGCAUUGUACAUCAAAAUCUCGCAUCCAGUUUGUCUUUUCCAAGGAAUCAAAAUGAACUACCACAACAUGAACUUACUCUGGAAAAUGGGUGGUCAUUUUUCUCAACAAUGUCUCAAUGAAACAACUGAUUUCAGAUUUCCCAUGGAGAUUACCAAGAUCCCACAGAACAGCAGACUGAUCAUCUAUGAGUUCCUCCAACACAUCUUCCAACUAUUUAGCAAGAAUCUUCCUGUUGAUGCUUGGAAUACAAGCAAGAUCGACAAAUUCCAAAAUGGAAUUCAUCAUCAAAUUGAAGAAUUGGAGACAUGUCUGUCAGAAGAGCAAUCAAAACUAAGAAACAACUUUCAAACAUGGAUCCUAAAAAGCUCUAUAUACAGCAUAAAAAAGUACUUUAAAAGAAUCACCAGUUUCCUACAAGAUAAGCAAUACAGCCACUGUUCCUGGGAAGCAGUUAAAAUGGAACUGAGAAUGUGUUAUAUAAUUUUUGACAGUCUUAUGAAAAAAAGGCCUACAUAA